AUGACGUCAUAUUGUAUCACUGAUUUAGUCAACAUCAGUGGGAUAUGCUCUUCACUGCAGGUUCAAAAACAUGCAACAAGAAAAAAACCGUGCUUAGGUCAGUAUGUACCAGAAAAGGGUGUAUCUGAAGAUGAUUUAGACCCAACUUUACUAUGCAGCAUUUUGCAAAAUUUGUUUUCAUUGACACCUGCGGAGAAUCAAGAUAUCUCGAACCUGAGAGAAAGGAGAAAUACAAUUGCUCAUUCAAGAAAUGCUCAUAUGGACAAUGCCACGUAUGAAAAUGAAAAACUAGUAAUUAAAGACUCUAUCGAAUUCAUAGCAAAUAGUUGUGGUAAAGAUGUACUCAUGAAGGUUAGACGAGAAAUAGAAAAUAUCACGAAAAGCCCGUUGAGCGACAGCAUGGGACAUAAUGUUCUGUCAUCACUUCACGGUGUGGAAGAAACAACAGAGGAAAUUCGACGAGAUUUAGCCGUAGAAAUAUUUCAUUUUUCUUGUAAAAAUGGCAAUUUUGAAAUUGUUGACUAUAUAUGUAAAGCGUAUCCAGAUACUCGGAUUGCAGUUGACGGCGAUGGAAAAAAUGCUACACAUUUUGCUGCAGAAGGAGGUUAUGUAAAUGUUUUACAGAUUCUUCUAGAAAAAUCCAUACCACCUUUUGAAUGCACAAUAGAUGGAAUGACCAUACUUCAUAUAGCAUGUUUGAAAGCCCAUUAUGAGAAGUGUCAAUAUAUCUUAUCCAAGUUUCCAAGAAUGCUUUAUUUCGUCAGUAACGAUGGCUUAAACCCUUCACAUUAUGCAACAGAGGGGGAAAAUGCUGGAAUUCUUAAGGCACUUUUACAAAGAGGGUUGCAAGCGAACCAAACAACCAAUGCAAAAAUGAAUUUACUCCACAUAGCAUGUAUGCAUGCUCAUUAUGACAUGUGUCAGUACCUUGUAACUGAGUUCCUAGAAAUGGUGCAUGGAGUGACUGAAGAUGGACUGAAUGCUUCACAUUUUGCUGCACAGGGAGGAAAUGUCAAUAUUCUACGUAUGCUUAUAGAAAGUGGGGCAAAGAUUAAACAAACAAACAAUGAUGAAGAAAAUAUACUGCAUUUAGCAUGUGCCAGUGCAUGACAGGA